AUGGCCCAUUACAGUUCAUGGAACCAUCACGACCGAUAUAAUGCAACAGAAGAAACAUCACGACUUCGUCCUCCAACCCGCCAUACAACAUCGAUGGAAUCAACUACAAAUCGCACCAACGGCGACUACCUCGCAAACUUCCCAAUUCUUUCAAGCUUCUUCGUCAGCGAUGGCAAGAAAACAGCUAUCGUAGAUCCAUCGCCUGCAAACCAACUGUUGCCAUACUCCAUAGGACAACUACAAUGCGAUUCAUUGGAAGACGUAACAACAUUCAACGAAUGUCGAUCCUCGCCGACAUCUUGUCAACGUUCGACAACAGUAUACAGCGCACAUUGCGAGUGCCCAAAUGGAAACAUGACCAGCUACUUAUCCACGCAUCACGUAUUCUUCCGUUAUCAAGCGACAACAUCAUCAUCCUCGAACAACACAACGACAUCAUCGCAAAAACAUCAACAGGAACGAGUGUCUCCGUUCAACUCUUUAUUAAUAGCAUGCAAAUCUACACGAAACAAUGGCGGAACACAUGUACAAUUGAACCUGGAUUACUUCACGGAUGUUACUCAUGUUACAUUUUAG